AUGGAUAAGCCAGAAGUGAAAGCGUUUAACGCGGAGUUAUCCGGGUUAUACGAAAAUAAGCCCCCCAUAUCAAAGGCAAAAAUGAGUGCUAUAACUAGAGGUGCUAUAAAGGCGAUAAAGUUUUACAAGCACGUUGUACAUAGUGUUGAAAAGUUUAUACAAAAGUGCAAACCAGAAUACAAAGUUCCGGGCUUAUACGUGAUAGAUUCAAUUGUGAGACAGUCACGGCAUCAAUUUGGACAAGAUAAGGAUGUAUUUGCGCCCAGGUUCGCUAAAAAUAUGCAACAAACCUUCGCAAAUUUAUUCAGAUGCCCUCCUGAAGAUAAGCGAAAUAUAAUUAGAGUACUAAACCUCUGGCAAAAGAACAAUGUAUUUAGUCCUGAAGUCAUUCAGCCACUCUUGGACAUGGCAGACCCUAACCACCCCUUGCACCUGGAAAUUCAGCAGCAGCAAAAUAAUACUGCUAAUGGGAGUUCAUUAAAUAUUUCACACAAUGUCUCAGACAAUAAAAUAUCUCCAGGUCCUGCAUCACAGCACACACCUCAUGCUUCAUCGCCAAUGGGUGGAGAUCAGUUCCAGGAUGAUUCAUCAGGGCCACCUCCUGCAAAGUUUAAUCGGAAAUUGCUCAAUGAUUUUGAGUAUGAGAGUGGAGAUGAUACACCAGGCGGUGACCCUUCACCGCCUCCGCAGCACAACCCAGUCCAUCCUCAAAGCUCCCAAAAUAAUGUGCAACAUGUUCAGCAUAUGCAAAAUACUCAACCUCAAAGUCACAACCCUGCUGAUGCUCUUGGAAGUAUUUUAACCAAUCCAGAAAUUAUGAGGCAGUUACAAAGUUUACAAGCCCAAAUGCAGUUAGUUGCUGGUAUGCAGAAUAUACCUAAUUUAAUGCCAAUGAUGAAUGACAUGCAGUUGCAGCAAAAUACAAACCCUGGUCUCCCAUUUCUUACUUCUCAAAAUGAACCACCAAUGCCCCCUGAACCUAAGGAUGACAUGGCUAAUGAGUCAGAUAUAGAAUUUGUUGAUGCCGGCCCUCAAGUUAUUGAAAUACCAGAUGCUAAUGAUUCUAGAAGUCCGUCACCGAAAUCUCGGCGUCGAUCUCGCUCGCCACGAAGAAGGAGACGAUCGAGAUCGCGUUCACGCUCGCCUAGGCGAAGAAGAGACCGGGACAGGGACAGGGAUAGAGACAGGGAAAAGGAUAAAGAGAAAAGUCACAAAGAAAGAGAAGCUGAAAAGGAGAAGCAAAGAGAAAGAGAAAAAAAGGGAUUACCACCAAUAAAGAAGGAAAAUUUGAGUGUUUGCAGUACAACACUGUGGGUGGGUCAUCUGUCAAAGUUGGCUACUCAAGAAGAAUUGUCAGACUUGUUCGGCGGUUUCGGUGGUCUCGUCUCCGUGGAUUUGGUGCCACCUCGCGGUUGCGCCUUCGUUGUUAUGGAACGUCGGAGGGACGCGGCUCGCGCGAAACAGAAACUUGAUAGGCACAAAUUACAUACUAAGGAAAUCACGGUGGCGUGGGCAGCGGGUAAAGGUGUGAAAGGACGCGAAUGGAAAGACUAUUGGGAGGCGGAAUUGGGCGUGGCCUAUCUGCCAUGGACCGCGUUACACGCUCGCUGGGUGCUGGGAGCGCUUUCGCUUGAUGCGCUCGAAGAAGGUGGCGCCGUGGAUGAAGAGACUCUGCCGCCGUGGCUUCCACCCAGGCUGAUACCAAAAACGUUGCCAGAUAUACCAAUGUUGGGCGGACUGCCUCCAGUAUCUGGGCCGGGAGGAAUCCUCAUGUCUGGGCCUGGUGGAAUACCUGGGUUACCAGCCAAUAUUACCAAUCUGCCCAAUUUAGCAAACUUAUCAAAUAUGCCAAACUUGGCUACUAUGGCCAACAUACCCAAUAUGCCUCCAACGAGUAUGGGCAUGGCGGGACCGCCACCAGCAAGCAUUCCUUUACCUGUGCCUAGAAUGCCACCCCCUGGUAUGGGACCUGGUCUACCAACAGGAUUGCCCCCGGGGAUGCCACCAGGCAUGAGACCGCCGAUGCCAGCGGCAAUGCCAGGAGUGCAAGAUGGGUCGCUAAGCACGAGUGGUGCACUAUUAGGUUUUCCACCACCACACACUUUAACACGAACCGGUAUGGUGGGCAGUUUCCUUGGAGGUCUGAUGGGUAUGGGCGGUCUAGUGUUGCCAUUACACGCUCAUCCCCAUGCGCAACUCAAUGUUCAGCCACCACAACCACACGUGCAAGCUCAGCAACAACAGCAGCUGCACCAAAACUCUGAGGUGAGCGGUGCCGAUGAUGCCAUGGAACUCGAUACCGAAGAGCAAACAGAUGUGACUCAUAACGACAAUACUCAUAUGGACUCUGCGCCCUCGAACAUGCUUCCUGAUCAGUUGCAAGCACUUAUGUCCAAGCCGCCGCCAGCGUUCAAAAGUUUUGAACCACCACCCGGAUUCAAUCCUGACGGGUUCGACACCAGCCAGCCACCUCCUGAGGAAAAACGGGAAGACGACAGACGCGACCGGGACAGGCGAGACAGAGAUCGAGACAGGGAGCGCCGGGACCGCGGGGACAGAGACAGGCGGGAGGGUAGAGACGGAAGGGAAAGAGAACGGCGUGAUCGCCGAGAUGGAGAUAGAAGGGAUAUGCGGGAUAGAGAUGGGAACAGGGAGCGCGAUGAUCACAGAGAGCGCGAUCGGGACAGGGAUCGAGGCAGAGAACGCAGAGACCGAGAUAGAAAUCGUGACAGAGACAGAGAUAGGGGGGGAGCGCGACCGUUUCAACAGAGAGAACAACCCAGAUAG